AUGACAGCGCGACAUGUAGGCUUGACACGUUCGGCUCCGCUGGGGAUAUUGAUAAGAUAUAGAAGGCACACUGGCAAUUCGGACGCUGGAGGCGAGGUGAAACGUCGUCACCGUCAUCACCGCAAGCAUAAACCGCGUCAUCCUGGGGAAGGAGAUGAGGCGAAUAGUAAUAACUCUAGCCAUCCACACCAUGGACAUUUAAAACACAGGCAUCACCCUAAUGAAGAACUCGAUGAAGGCGAUGAAGGAGAAGAAGAUGGAGUGGUAAAGAAGCAGGUUACUCGGGGUGAUCGAACUCCAGUCACAUUUUCUGUGGACCCCGAGAGCGAGGUGCUACUUAAUCGACGGCCGGAGUUUGGAAAGGGAUCCUUGAACUAA